ACGAACAAACAACGAUAGUCAAGGCUUAAUGUGGUUUCAAGCAAGUGUAGGGUAAAAACAUCAUAUAAUCCAGACAUCGUUUGUUCAUCAAUCUCUACAAAUCAGAAAAGAAUUGAUCCGCCAUCCAGCUGUUUCCCCCACAAGAGAAAGGGAUUAUUUACAUCAAGAUCGUAAGGAAACAGGCGCUCUAAAACGGUCCAAAUAAUGUCACGGAGUUUGUAACGGUGCAAAAAAAUGAAGCGAGUAGACAAAGUAAUUGUGGAGAUGCCGCGACGUUUUGUGCUUUCAGUUAGAUUGUGAAAGGUUAACGACGAAUGUAAAAGCUACUGGAAAUUGUACUAAGUGUGGAAUUAUAAAUAACAAUUUAUCAGCUACCUCUUCGGGAGAGUGAAUUUAAAGGAAUUAUACAACAUCAAUAAUAAAUCUCGAAUGUGUUCAAAUCGAAAAAGCUAACUCUACUGAAGCAACAGGAAAAAACAAAAGUGACAACAAACUGUAAUGGACUACAAAUUAAAGUCAACAUCAAAUAAACGUAGAAAACAUCAGAUCUAUCUUGAAGCAACAAUUUGAAUCCGAAAACAGCAAAGUCUACACCAACUUGUAGCUGGAACGAGCGGACAGAAUAAAUUUUCACUGGAAAUGAAAGACGCAACAAGAUAUGGUAACUAAAAGGGAUAUGAGGUAAAAAGAAUGAAAUGGUAGCUCAACAUGACUGACUUCGCCAAAUUAAGAUUUUCACCCAAAGCGUCUUAGCCGGUUUGGAAGAACUACAGAAUAUGUUGUGCAGGCAAUUUUAGUCAGGGAGCUGUCGUGGCUUAUAAAUCCAAGUUCUACUCACUAGUUAAACAAAAGGGCAAUAAUACAGCAUGUGAGUUAUAGCGGUUCGAUUUUUUGAAAACUGAAAUAUAUUUGGCACAAUGCUUGAACUAAAGUUAACAAUUCUAUAUAUAUGAAGCCUUGAUGUUUAAAAACGGACUUCUUAGAAAAAACGUUUGACGGAAAUCGUGUGAAUAAUUGUAAGGAGACAGGGAAACUUAGCAUUAAGAGCACUUAUACAAACCAGUAUUGGAUUUUAUGUGAACUCAAUAUCUGAGGAUUGAAAUACAAUUUUAUCAGACUGAAAUACGACGAGAAUGGAGAAGAAAAAUGUUUUAUUUGAGAAUGAAUUCUUUAAACAAAUUCAUGCAAUAUCGGCCCAAGUUUGCUAUGAGGAUGUGAUAUCGAAACCAGCCCCCUCUGAUGGUAAAUUAUAUUGUUCUCCAAAACAUGACGAUUUUCUGGGAUGCUGGAACUAUACAGAAGCUGGCACCAAGGCCUCAUUGCCUUGUCCUGAAAUCCCGGGAUUUCAUAAAUCACAAAAGGUCUAUUUUGACUGCACUGAGAAUGGAACAUGGUACGUAAAUCCUCAUACAGGCAGAGAAUAUGCCGAUUAUUCCAGGUGUAGAAACUACCAAAAUGCCGUCAAGGAGCUGGAGGAUGACGUCAUUCAUAUUUACGUCACGAUAGCUUUGUUUUGUCUCUCUUUUGUCCUAAUCUCGGUCUCUCUUAUCAUAUUUUUCAAAUUCAGACAACUCAGGUGUGACAGAAUCACCAUACAUAAGAACUUGUUUAUUUCCUACCUGAUAACAGAUCUAUUUUACCUGGUGUAUCUUUCUGUUAUCAAUUUCUCGGAGGAUGUCGUCCUGCACAAUCCUGGUUGGUGUCAAGCCCUCCAUGUUGUCACACAAUAUGCAAUCGUCUGUAACUUUGCCUGGAUGUUCUGUGAGGGACUAUAUCUUCAUACCGUGAUGAUGAGCGCAUUCACUUCCGGCAAAUCUGUUAUUAUUGCGUGUCUAGUGAUUGGAUGGGGUGUCCCGGUUCCUUUAACAAUUAUUUAUGCAGCUAUCAGGACCUCCCUGAACGACAACACAAUAGCAUGUUGGAGUGGUGAAAGUAGCUUUCUGUGGAUCAUAUAUGCCCCGGUUGUACUCUCCAUGUCGAUCAACGUGAUUUUUGUUGUGAAUAUAAUGCGUUUACUUAUAACAAAGCUAAGGCAGAUACCGGAAGCUGCUCAGACAAGGAAAGCAGUACGUGCUACGGCCAUCUUGAUUCCUUUGUUGGGAUUACAAUUUCUAGUUUUUAUCAAGCGUCCAGAGGACAAAGAAUCGACAUUGUAUGUUAUAUACCAGUAUGGAUUGGCUAUAUUCGUUCCAUUGCAGGGUGCGUUCGUAUCCAUAAUGUACUGUUUCUGCAACGGAGAGGUGCGUAAGUUAAAGAACUCGUAUCAGCUCUCGACCAUUAGUACAUUUCGAAUGAGCCGAUUAUUAUCAAAGCGCGCAGGUUCAUUCACUACUAAAACGAAAAUGGAAUCAACAUAAUAUGACGAUACCAGGCAGACAAAAGCGUUCACAGUCAAACAUGUUGUCGAAUACAACCUAUACAAUUGUUGAUCACAUGUCUCAAUAUCAGACUUCCGUGACGUAAAACAACAGAUGACGUCAUGAUUAACUUCCAAAUAUAUAUUUGUUGACCAAUGCCUCGAACUGGGAAUCUUUAAACAAGUGAAAUGUUUGAAAAAAAAAAAAAACUUUGAAUGCAUUGAUUUUCAAGAUGAUAUUUAUGCCCACUUUGUAAAUAUGUUUUAAGGUUAUUUUUUGCGUAAAAUGUAAAUUCAAAUAAAUAAAGAAUUAAACGUU